AUGUCUGUUCCCCAAGAGUCCUUUGACUUCAACGGCGCCUCUACCAACGCCCAAGCUGCUCCCAGCGUUGUCCCUGAAGCUACCCAGCCUUCUACCGGUGUCCACGGCUCCCAUGGCGCUCACGGCCACACUUCUUCAGGUUCUGGUGGCCUUUGCGCUUUGCUUACCUGGAAAGACCCCGUUGCCACUGGAAAGGUCUUUGGUGGUAUCGUGCUAGGCCUUGUCCUUCUCAAGGUCAAUGUCAUCAACUACGUUUUCUACGUUGCCUACCUUUCCCUUUUGGUGUCUGCUGCUGCCGAGUACAUUGGUAAGUUGGUUACCGGCCAGGGUUUUGUCACCAAGUACACUGCCCAUGUUCCUUCUUACUCCAAGGUCCUCAAUGAGUCUGUGUUGCCAGCUGUCGGCAGAUUUGCUACUUCUUUCGAGUCCAAGAUCCAGCGUAUUAUCUACGCUCAAGAUAUCGAGUUGACCUUGAAGGCUGCCGGUGUGUCUUACAUUUUGUACACCGUUACCUCCUUCUUCUCCUUGUACACCCUUGCCAUUGUUUCCGUUGUCUUGGCCUUCUCCUUGCCAUACUUGUACGUCCAGAACAAGGAUGAGAUUGAUGCUGCUGUGGCUCACUACUCCAAGCUUUUGAAGCAGAAGUCCUCUGAAUUGACCGACCAAGCCCACAAGUCUGUUGCUCCUCACUUGGACACCUUGGCUAAGAAGACUGGCCCAGUUGGUGACUUUAUCCAGUCCAAGUUCCCAACCAGAACUGCUGGUUCCACUGUUGGCUCCUCUGAUGACACUUCUUACCACGCUGGUGCUGGCUCCGAGCCAGUCGCUGUGGAGAAGCCUCUUGAGGGCGCUGGUUCCGCUGCUUCUGGUCACGCUACUGGCUCUUCUUUCCCAUCGGUUCCAUCUUCCGCUCCAUCUGGUGGUGUUGUCGCUGAGGACCCUGAGGUCCUUCCAUCUGGCGUUAAGCAGGCUUUGUAA